AUGAAAUUCGUAGUUCUUUUUGCUCUGCUUUUGCUGGUUACAGAAAUCUUUGCACACGGCGAUCAUGGUGGUAGUGACACGCGUGAAAAUAGUAAUGUUGUCGUUUUAACUCCAGACAACUUUGACCAAUUAAUUGGCAAAGAUAAAUUCGCAUUAGUGGAAUUUUAUGCGCCAUGGUGUGGACAUUGUAAAAAUCUGGUUCCCGUAUAUGAACAACUAGCCGACGCAUUUGUUCAUUCAAAAGACCGUGUUAUUAUUGCAAAAGUUGAUGCAGAUGACCAUCGUGAGCUAGGAACUCGUUUUGAUGUACAAGGAUUUCCUACUUUGAAAUGGUUUGGUAAAGAUUCACUAAUCCCCGAAGAUUACAACGGUGGCCGUGAUUUGAAGUCUCUGAGUGAUUUUGUUGAAGAGAAGAGUGGCAUUAAACCUAAAAUAAAGAAAGAGGUUACUGCUGUGAAAGUCCUCACAUCUCAGUCAUUCGAUGAGCUUGCCUUGGACCCCCAAAAGAACGUGUUGGUUGAGUUUUAUGCACCUUGGUGCGGUCACUGCAAAAAUUUGGCUCCAAUAUAUGAAAAGGUCGCCAAAGAUUAUGCUCAGGAAUCUGAAUGUGUGGUGGCCAACAUCGACGCUUCCGAUCACCGCACCAUCGGUGAUAGAUAUGAUGUUAAAGGUUAUCCCACCAUUAAGUUUUUCCCUAAAGGCGAAAAUAAAACCCCUGUCGAUUACACGGGUGGAAGGACAGAACAAGAUUUCAUUGAUUUCUUGAAUGAAAAUUGUGGGACACAACGUCUUGUCGGUGGCAGAUUAUCUGGAGAUGCUGGUAAAAUACCAAAAUUGGAUGCGUUUGCAGUUGAAUUUACCGAUGCAACGACGCGAGCUGAUAAAGAAAAUGUGAUCAAAGAAGCAAAAGUUAUAGCUGAUGAGUUAGACACACGGUUUGCUCAGUAUUAUCCGAAGGUCAUGGAAAAAUCCCUGGAAAAAGAAGAUUAUGUGGAUAAAGAGAUAGCACGAAUUAAUAAGAUUAUUGAAUCUGGUACCAUAUCUGAUAACAAAAUAGACGAUUUCACGAUUCGCAAAAAUAUUUUGUCGAGCUUCCAUAAAGAAACUGUUCCGCAAGGAGGUCAUGAAGAGCUAUAA